AGAGUAACCAACAUCUGUAUGUCUCCCUCUACACAAAAAGUCUGGGCAUGCUCUCUGGAAGAUAAUAGUGUCAUGAAGCUGAAAUCAGUAAAAAAUACCUACGAUACAAGCCGAGUUUGUGGAGUGUGUUACCACAGAAUACUGAACAUUGACUACAUAAAGUACAUAAGUUACCACAGGUAAUUGACUAUCACAGGUUUGUAUUGUGUUACCACAAAACAUUGGUUACCAUAAAUAGAGAGAACAGAAUGCUACCACACAUAUGAAGUGUCUCCAUUACUUGAAUAUUUCUACGUUCGAGGAAACAUUUAUGAUCUUGUAACGUCAUUCUUAACCAGGUAAAAUGGCAGGAAAUGCGAUUUCCUUCUAUAAGGGACAGAUAGCUGUCCGGGGUCAAGGUCAUACGACAUGCGUACAUCACAAAGGGAAUACUUUGGACUGGUUCUGUGAGAAAUGUCAUGAAUGCAUAUGUGCCAAUUGUAUUUCAACAUUACACAAAGGUCAUGGCAUUGUCCCGUUGAGUGAAAUUACUCCACACAACAAACGUAAAGUACAAACGUUCAUCAAUGAAACAGAAAAUAAAGAGCUGAUUCAAAUACAACAGGAAAUCAAUUCAGCCCAGGAGAGUCUCGAAAAACACCUCAGCCAUUUCAAAGAUGUAUCAGAAGAAGUCAAAAACCAGGGAAUGAAACUAACAGAACACGUUGAUGUUUUAAUUGAUGAAACACUUUCACAAUUGAAACAUUUAGAAGAUGAAAAUACACAACUCCUCACCAGUUACAAGACAGAACUCGAAAAGAAACUUGCAGAAUUGAAGGAUCAACUAACACAUUGUAAGGAAACCCUUCAGAACGGCACAGAUAUCCAAGUGUUUGACGUGACCAGUAGACUUCAUACAGACAUCACAUUACCUAGAAGACCCGUCCUGGGGACCGCAAAGUUCAGUCAAAGCAAACAUCCCAACGAAGCUUUGACGUCUGCAUUAGGGAAAAUGACCUUGACUUCAUCUGGUCGAACAGAUGAUCACGUCAAUGCUAAAGUCGGCACAUCAGCUGGUUCGUCAGAUCAACAGCUAACUCGACCUUCAGCAAAACUGGCCUCACCUCGUCCAAAGAUCCAAGUUCUGUCAGAAUGGGAUUAUCCCUGUGACAUCAUAAAGAUCUGUCCUGCUAGCGAUGAUGGUGUUUGGGCAUAUGGAGUUGAUGAAAAGUAACAAACGUCUCUAUAUCACUCUCUACACAAACAGUUUGGGCAUGC